AACCUAAAAGUGUUCCUGAUGACACUGAAUAGGAUGAGGAUGUCCUGAAUCUGUGGAACAUCAUAUCUGUGUCCCAAAUAAGAGUUUGAUCAAAACAAAAAGAAAACCCAUCUGGUGGAAGUGAUGGUUUUGUCGGUGUCGGCGGGCCGCAGCAGCGACCCGCUGACUGGGGGUGACUGAUCUGAAGACGUCAGAGCACGGGGAGAAUGUAAAGCUGGAUUUAAAGGAGAGCCUUUGUGGCAGCUUCACACCUAAACGCUGCUCUGUAAUAUUCAUAAAGCGUGUUGGAGUUGAGCGGCGUCGUGUUUCUGAUUCGAUUGUGCACUUGGCUCUGAACUGCGCUGCAGAAAUUCACACCUACAGUAGUGUCACAGCUCCUGUGUGUUGACACGCCGCCGUUAUCUCUGCUGUGCAGAUUGCAGCUUAGUUUUUAGCUCUAAUAAUAUUCUGUUUAUAAAAGCUAAUAGCGUGGCUUGCAUGGAGCUCAUUUACAGCAGAGCUAAUGGUUCUGACUGCAGGUUCUCAUUGUGGAAGCUUCAUUGUAUGGAUGGAAUUUUAGCGUUGGCAUUUUACAAAAUGUUUUGGAUACAGAAAAACAAACAACAUUGCGUUUGUUUGAAUGUUCAUUCUUUUCCUCCUUUCUUCUUAACUUUAUCCUGUCCUGGUAGUUACAUGCAAAAGCCUUUUUUACUUUGAAACAGCCAAACUGAGCAGCACAGCGUUUAUCCUGUAUCACCAUGAGUGAUCUGAAGAGGUAAGGAAAUUCAAAACGCGUGCCCGCUUAGCCAACACUGCUGGCCUCUACGUGUAUCGUAACGCUGCCUCGUGUUUUUUUGUAGAAAAGAUGCAGAGUCUACUGCAAAUGAAGACGAGCGUGAAAGUGAGGCGCUCCUCCUGAACAUUAAGACCCUCCUGGAGGAGAUGUUCUCCGACGGUCACCUGGCAGAGGACGGCUUCCUGCUGAAGCACAUACAGAGGAACAAGCAGGGUUACGUCAGCCUGAGGCUCGUCACCAGUUUGAAAAAGAUCAAGGCCCUGACCUCAGACUGGUACAUGACUCUGGCAGCUGCCAACUGCUCGGACCUUCUGGAGGUGAACGAUGAAUGCUCCAAAGUCAGACGCAAAGAGCCUCUCCCACAGUGGCUGAUGGAUUCCCCCACCAGCAGGCUGCUCCUGCUCUGGAACAAGUAUGACAACGAGAAUCCAUCGCUCGUGCUGAAGGCCCUGGAAAAGUUCACCGUUCCCGACAGCGUUCGCUCCAUCUGGAUCCUGCAUCCUGGAGAAGAAGUCCCCAAAGUGCUUCAGUGUUACACCCAACGCCACAGAGAGAUCGGCCAGCGCCUGUGUGUUGUGGUGAAGUUCAGUCACUUCCAGGCAGUUCGAAGCGCCUUUGACGCUCUUAAAGAGGAAGAAAAAGUGAGCAAGGAGGGCUUGCGUGUAAUGGCCAUGGGAUGGAAGUCGACGCAGAGCGGCACCAAGUCCGACUCAUCAGAGGAGAAACCCAGAAACCAACCAGAGGAGGAUCCAAUGGAAAUCCCCAAAGUUCUGCUUCAACUUGAAGCUUCUUCACUUGUUAAAGCUACUGAAGAAAGCUCUGAAACCUUUGCUCCUGAGGUAUGCCAGGGAUGGACCACCAGCUGCAGCAGCCAGUCUUUCCGUCGACUGAAACAGAGGUACAACAGGACCAGCCCAGGCUCCGGAGACCACCUCAAACGGAGCUCUCAGAGUCCAUGGGUACUCAAGCGUAAAACUGCUGCCGGCGCUGGAAGCUCCAACAAUGCUGAGCCCCCAAACGCACCACGUCUCAUAACAACUGUGCUGCGUUACCCCACUGGUCCUGAUGGCACCAGGGGGUUUAAUUACAGAAGGGAGUGAUCGGACCCCCCAAGGAUUGAAAAUCAGAAAUAUAUAUGUAAGGACUGUGUUUGUAAAAUGAACAAAAUCAUUCAUUUUUUUAUCAUUAAAUAAAACAACAAAACAUA